AUGACUACUAAUACAUCCCCAACCUUCUCUACUCUUGGCCGUAGCCCAAGCAUCGGGCCCCCAGCCUACACCACAGAUGACCUUCUUGCAGCAAGAUACCAGAACUUUUCCAGAUGGGUUCAUCUCAUCCGAGUCGCGAUCGCAGCAAUCACUUUGGUUGUUUCGGUCGCCAUAAUUGCCUGUGCCGGUGCUUCCUUACGGGCUUUCUCGAACUCUCGGCUUGAGCCUGAAUGGAUACUACCGCUCUGGCCUUUGAAUGUCGAUUUGCGGCCCAGCCAUGCAGUCUUAGGAUGCGGCAUCGCUGUCGCGCUUUUGAGUCUUGCAUAUCUCGCUGUUGCUUUCAUUCCCAUGCGACAGAGACUCCACAAUACAAACCUCGUCUCAACCGUUCUCUCUUUCCUCUGUCUCUGCGCCGCCCUCUUUACCAUCGUAUUCGCUUCGGUCGUCACCAACAACUUAGCCUACAACACUUAUUCCGGAACGCUCAAUUCGUGGACUUGCAGAUGGCAUGGCUUUGAUAACGUUGCGCCUUCAAAUUUCACGAAAAUCUGUAACGACGGGAUGGCGGCGUUGGACUUGGUCAUAGUCUUGGUCAUUGUUGAGGUACUGGCUGUGGGAGCUACGGCUUGGGGAUGGUGGGUGGAGAUGCAAUUGAAGAAGGGCGGCGUGGGGGCAGCCAAGAGCGAGGUUGAGCUGGUGUGA